AUUCUUAUUUAUACACAUUUUACCAUUUCAACUCUUAACCGUUGCCAACAUAGCAACAACACCAACAAAUAUAUUGAUAAAAACCAAGUGACACGCUCAAACCUUAAAACCUGUAAAGACGAGUUAGACUCAAUAUAAAACCCUAAUAACAACGGCAGCGGCAAUUUUUCUUUGUCUCCGAUGAAGGCGCGAAACACUUCUCCGGUGAACCCUCGUCAACAAAGAAGGUUUCUUCCCUCGCCUUCCAUCUCCAUAGAAUCCACUGAAUUUCCUUCCCCUUCCUCCGUCAUACGUAAGUCAUCAAUUCGGAGCUUGGAAGACGAUCGAAGACACAAAAUAACAGCUGAAGAAUCUGUUCUGCGCCGUCAGCUUUGGCCUUCUUCCGCGAAAAAUAACUCCGGUACACUUGCUGAUCACAUAAGUGAAGAUAGAAUUAUAGAACAAAAUGAGAAAAACAAACACAAACACAACAAAACUAGUUUCCCUCUUUCACAAAAGAGUCACAGAGAGAUUAGAACGUUUGAAAAUGAUCAAACAAGAGCAAUUGGUGGUUCUGGAAGAUUCACAGGAAAACUUGGAUCUUCUUCUUCAUUGAAGAAGCUUAAUUCUAAUAAUGGUUCAGGCAUUGUUCCGGGAAGGUUUUCUUUAGAUGAAAAUGCUAAACUAUUCAAAAGAAAUUCAAGCAUAACUAGCUCGGUUGAUACCGAAUCCAACGAUGAAGCUUUGGCUUCUCCAGCAAGAAAACCAGCGGUGGAUUUUCCUACAAGGUUGAUGAAUGAUGCAACAUUGAGAAGGGCUAGAAGAGGAGCUUCUGAUUCUAACAUUGGGAAUUUGAACGGUGAUUCUUUGAAACCGAUGAUGAAGAGGACUAAUUCGAUUACGGGGUACAAGAGUUCGACAUCACAAUGGGCUUUGUCACCAGGGAGGUCAGAGUUUUCGAGCCCCACGAAGGCAAAACGAGUUGAAAAACUACUCAAUUUUGGUUUUGAUUUCUUCAAGAGUAAAAAAUCUGUUGGCCUUAAUUCACCGUCGAAUGGUUUUGGAAACAAUGAAGACGUUCAUAAGCUUCGUUUGCUUGAUAACCGUUUGAUUCAGUGGCGAUAUGCAAACGCUAGAGCACAAAUUGUGAAUGCAAACAUUUCUCGCCACACCGAGAGCAAUUUGAUAUGUGUCUGGGAUGGUCUCACCAAGUCCAGAAAUACUGUUAUGAAAAAGAAGAUACAGUUUGCAAGAGAAAAGCUUGAAAUGAAAAAAGCUUUUAUAUUAUAUUACCAAUUAAAGUUAUUAGAAGCUUGGGGAAGCAUGGAAAGGCAACAUGUAUCAACAAUUACUGCCACCAAAGAGUGUUUGCAUUCAGCUGUCUGCAGAGUUCCUCUUUUGGAAGGUGCUAAGGUGAACAUACAAUUUACAUCCAUUGCUAUUCGUCAGGCCUCUGAUGUCGCAGCUUCCAUUAAGUCAAUGUUAACUUCUUUUUCACCUGCAGUUGACCAAACUGCUGCAAUACUAUCAGAAUUGGCAAAAGUUGUUACACAAGAGAAGCAACUCUUAGAAGAGUUUUAUGAUCUUUUACAUAACAUAUCUGUCGUUGAGCUUCAAGAAAGCAGUGUAAAGUGCAGUCUGGUUCAAUUUGAGGGUUGGCAAAGGAAAUAUCAACUGCAGGAUUUAUUACUAGGGAUUACUUCAUAGGUCUCUAUGUAGAUAUAGAUCAGGAAAACUGACAUAUAUGACAAUAUCUUCAUAUAAACUAGAAGUAGAAGUUUAGACAAACAGAAAUAUAGAUUGACAUAUGUUGCUUAUUUUGCAAGUUUUCUACUGUAUACAUGGUCCUUAGAUCAAACCUAUAACAUGUAGGAUUAGUUCACUUAUUUUAAUUCUUAUUUCUCCAUAUUUUUGAGAAAUAUUUAUUAAAUAUAUGCAUGCCUUAUUAGUUGGAAUGCAUUUGACACUGAUUGUUUAA